AUAAUGAUGGCUUCUUCAGGUCUCAAGGGACCAAGUGAGGCCUCAGAGGCAUUGAAGAAAUAUGUCCAGAGAAAUCAGAAGGGGCAAGAGAUGCUUGUGGUUCCAGAAGGAAAGUGGAAAGGCUGGGUUCCUCGAAGCAUCUACUCAAUGAGGCUUGAGGAAGUAUGCUUACCUUUCCUUAAAUUACAGUCCUUUCCAGUAGGUGGCACUGCAAUAGGAAGCUUAGUUUCAAUGAAAUAUUUCAAUGCAACUGGCAAUUAUAUUCAGAGGCUUCCAAAUUCUUUUGGGACCUGCAAUGACCUUGAAAGGUUGAAUCUCAGUUUUAACUUGUUAGAUCAGAUACCGAGUUCUGUUUUCUGUUUAGAAAAUUUAACAAGUUUAGACAUUAGUGAUAACGAUAUUUCAUUUCUAUCACCAGAAAUUGGAAGAUUGAAAAAAUUAAGAGAAUUGAAUGCAUGUGGAAAUGUUUUAUCAGAAGUACCCGAAGAACUGGCUGAAUGUCAAAAUUUGCAAAAAUUGAAUUUGUCAAGAAAGUGGCAUCCAAAAAAUGGUGCUAUUAAAGUCUUACCACCAGCUGUAUGUCAUAUAAAAGAAUUAACAGAACUUAAUAUAAGUUGGCAUCAAAUUAACACCAUACCAGACGACAUACAAAACUUAACAAAAUUGCAACGGCUAAUUAUGAAAGGCAAUUUUCUCAAAUAUGUUCCAAGUAGUAUUGGCAAAUGUUUGAAAUUACAAGAGCUGGAUUUAUCAGGAGCUAUGAAAUUAAAUUCUUACAUUCCACCAGAACUAUUUUUAUUAAAAGAAUUGAAAGUUUUAAAUAUAAGUGGGAACUAUUUUACAGAGAUAUCUAAGGAUAUAAAGGGACUGAAAAAUCUACGUAAAUUGAUUAUUCAAAGAAAUGCUUUAUUGAGGUUACCAAAUGAACUUUUUAAAUGUAAGCGAUUAGAAAGUCUACAAUUUAGCGAUAAUUAUUUAGAAGAAAUACCUCCAUUAGUGAAAAGAUUGAAAAAUCUUAAAUAUAUAGAUCUCCAAGGAAACAAGCUAAAGUCACUUCCAGAUGAAAUUUGUGAAUGUGAAAACCUUGUUCAGAUAAAUGUUGCAAUGAAUGUGAUGGAGUCGUUACCAGAUUUGAUUUAUUUAUUAGAAAAUCUGCAGGAAUUAAAUGUUGAACAAAACAGACUUAAAUCUCUGCCCCCAAUGAUGGAUAAAUUAGAAAAGUUAGAGAGAUUGAGUCUCCAUAGUAACGUGUUGUCAGUACCACCCCAAGAAGUUUGUCAGUUUGGCAUAGAGACAGUAUUUAAAUUUCUGAGAGAGUUAAGGAUAAGUCGGGCUAAGCAUAGAAGGAAAAUGAUAUUGAUUGGGGCAGCAAAAGCUGGCAAGACUAGCUUACGAAAUGCCCUUAUGCUUGGAAAAUCAAAACUAACCGCUGAGCAUGAGAGAACAUGGGUGUUAGAGAGGCAUCUCUGGGAACCAGAGUCAGAUCUUCGUGUCCAGUUGCUAGACUUUGGUGGUCAUCAUAUAUACUCAGCAGCACAUCAUCUAUUUCUCACGCCUGAAGCUCUUCAUGUGCUAGUUUGUGAUCUAUCCAAGUACAGUCCAGAUUUGUAUGAUUAUAUGGUGGGCAGCUGGAUUGAUGCUAUCAUUGACCGUGCACCUGGUGCAACUAUCCUACUUGUUGGAACACAUGCUGAUAUGUGUGAAGACCAUCAGAUCGAGGAACAUACUAUUAACAUCAUUGAAAAAAUGCAAGCUGACGAGAAGGAAAAAGUUCAGGAUCUUCAGUUUGAAGUUGAAAAACUGAAAAUGGAUUUGAAAGCAACUACUGGAAAAGAUGCUGGUACAAAAUUUGAGGAUAUAAAACCUCAGCGACUACGUGAAAAAUUGAAUCAUCUUCACAAAUUGUUAAACGAGAGAGUACCACUUCCUGACAAAAUGUAUGUGGUCAGCUGUGCAGAAGAUUUCCUUAACAUCCCUGAAUUUAAAGCAGAUCUUACCAAAAAACUGAAGGAGACUGAUGAACGACCUCUGCCAAAAGCAUGGUAUUUGUUCCUGACAAAACUACAUGAAGUGCCAGAUAAAGUUCUUCACUGGGAACAAGCUAUAACAUUAUUUGAAGAAACCAUGAGUACCUUGAAGCAGUCCAUGAUUUCAUUAGAAGGAUCAGCAGAAAAGAGCCUUGAUGUCAUUCUGAGGUAUUUACAUUCUACCGGAGAAAUUAUUUGGUAUCACGAUAAUCCAAAGCUACGAGGACUUGUUUUCCAUCGUCCAGAAACCCUGGUGGAAAUGUUGCGUACGAUUUUCCACCAUGAUUUCAAGAAACAUGUCAUAUUCGAUGACAGCCACUCUAGAAUGGCAGGGUUGAAUAGGAAUAAAUUUGACUUGAUGAAAGAAGAUUUCCUGACGAAAGGUUUGAUGACAGUUGAACUGAUGCAUUAUUGUUUACUUCAUUUCAAAUUGUCGGCUGACGCAAGAGAUAUGUUCAUUGACCUUAUGCUCAAGUUUGACCUUUGCUAUGAAGUUCCCAGAAUCCCAGGGUUACCAAGCACUUAUGGAGCUAGUAGAGUAUUGAGAUUUCCAUGGUUUUUAGAAGCAAAUAAACCAGUUUCUGUAACAUCAACAUGGCCAGAAAAGACACCAUUUGACACCAUUGAAAUCAGAUACCAGUUAGAAUUUGUGAAGAAAUUACCUCCAAAUUUCUUUGAGAAAUUAAAUGCAAGAUUGCAGUCACAUGUCUUAAACAGAGAGGAUUGGAAAAAUGGAACAUUAGCUUUCAGAAAUAGAUCAAAAUUACUUGUAGAGAAAACCACAGAAAAUGGCAACGUCAAUGUAAAUGUGUCAGUGAGAGGAAGUGAUAUUCAGGAGUUAUGGUUCCUGAUUUUAAAAGUCAGUGAUGACACAUUAUCGUUAUUGUUGGAGUGGCCAUUUGUACGAUUCGAGAGAUACUUAUAUUGUUCUCAUUGUGUACUAAGGGGAGAUAAUGAUCCUACAAAGUACCCUGGAGAAGUACUAGAAAUGAGGUGCCAGAAGGGGAUAUAUGAGGUCUACCCAUGUAAUAAACAGAAGGAUGCCAUGGUGCCUGCUUGUCUUGUAGUACCACUUGAUCCAGAGUAUGUGGAAGAUGCUGAUCUUUCUGGACAUAUAAGAACUGUGACAGAAUUCCUUAGGAAUCUUUGUGAUACAGUUGAUGGCCCAGGUCAUUUACAGCUGUUCUCUGAAAUAGGUUUGAUGUAUGUAGCAUCCAAACUAGGAUUUGAAUGGACACAGGUAGCUCUAGCCUUAGGCACUACACAACCAGAAAUAGAACAGAUCCAACUAGAUAACCCUUACCAGACAACUAGACAGAUUAUAGUGGUGUUGAUUCGAUGGAGGGAUCGACAGAUGAAUAGGUCACAGGAAGAAUCAAUAAGGCAGCUGGUUAGAGCAUUAGAGAUUCCUGAGAGACAAGAUCUUAUUGAUGAUCUGAGGAAGAAAUAUAAUCUACCUGUUGAUAUAUGAAGAAGACAGGUUUUAGUUGCACAAAGAAUUGCAUCAACAGUCAAGCUCAAAUUGAUAAUAGUGCUACUUCCAUGGGAAAAGAAUCAUAGUGCUAAUAACUACAUUUUUCUCUUUACAUUUACAUUUUGUAUGAUAAUUUGUUGGGUUUCAUAUUUGUAUAUCGUUAACAUUGAAUUCAUAUUUUUGAAUGUGCAUCUAUUCUUUAAUUUUAAUUAUUUGAAAUUAUGUAAAGAGUAUUUUUGAAAUGGAUAAUGCAGGGUUGACCAUAGUCACAUUCUAGCUAUAUAAUAUUUCAUCAUUAUCAAAUAAUGAAAAACUGAGGAUAAAUUGUAUUUAAAAGAAUGAAACUCUACAUGUAUAAACAAAAUGUAUAUAGGUUUUCAAUCUCUUUUUAUAUGAUAAAAAGUGUUUUGGAGUCAAGGGCAUGAAUAAAGCUGGUGCUCCUAAUACAAAAUGAAAAAGUAGCUACUGCAGUAAUUUUUAAAAUUCUGGAUUUUUUUUAAGAAUUACCUCCCCUCUCUGGCAUAUUUAAAUGUGUAAAAAAAUGAAGAUUGAUUUAAUUUUUCUUAAAAAGAAUUAUUCAAAAUUGAUAAAAUAAGGAAUCUUAAUAAACAAUUUCCAAAAAUUUUAGAAUCAUAAAAUAAAUCUGUAAUUUCAGACUGAUUUUAUUGUCUGGAAAAGGGGAGAUAAUUUUAAAAGAAUAAAUAAAAAUGAUUUUAAUUUGUAGAUUAAAAUUCAUUCUUAAAAGACUAAAAAAUGGUGCAUCUUUUGAUUAUAUGUAAUACUAUUUAGCAAUGCCCAACUAUGGGACUUUAAUUAAAUUAAUAUAUGUGUUUUAAAGGUUCUUUCUUGAUUGAAUUACAUUGUAAAAUCAUGGUAUAAAUUAUUUCAUAACAAACUAUUUGUGACACUUUAAUUGCAUCAUCUUUCUUAUAUAUAUGGAAUUAUAAUAUGGUUAUGCUGUGUUUUUUUUGGUACAAUGUUGUAUUUGUAAAAGAAUUCAGAGGUUCCUACAAAAGUUAGUUAUAAAUUCAAAUGUUAGUGAUAUGAAUCGGGAGAAAGUACUGAGUUACAGAGAUAUCAAUUUUUUUAAACCGGUGUUAUAAAAAUAUUGACCAAUAUUGAUUCUGGCAAUCAAUGCUUAGAAUAGACUCCUUAUUUUCAUAGUAAAAGGAAGCAUGCAAUUAGGAAUUAGACAAAAACAUCCAGUAAAUAAUUAUUCUUAAGUUUAGUGUGUGAUAUUGAGUGUUAAUUAUAAAUCCAUGUUCAAUAUCAACUUUUUACCCUACUUCAAAAACUCAGGUUAAUCUCAUAUUUAAUACAUCAUUCAUAUUACCAAACUUUUAUCAAAAGUAUAGUAGAAAAAUAAUGUGGAUAUAAAUGGUGGUUUAUAUGUAAAACUGGGAUUUUUUUCUGCUAUAAAUACAUCACAUCAAGAUAAUUAGAAAAUCCCAAUAAUAAAAUGCUAAACUAGAAAGGAAUAAAAGUGAAAAAUAAUUUGGCGAGUUUUUAGGCUUUCAUUAUUACCAUUUACAUUCAUUUUAAUAGCAUAGCCCUAAAUCUAUACAAGAAAAUAACCAUGGACAGUAUUUCUAGGUAUUGACCUUUCAUACUUCACAAAGAAAUCUACAUGUCCGCAGCACAAUUUUUGGACAAUUCUGUGGCCUGUAAAUAUGAUUUUUACAGGCCCAGAGCACUAUACAAGCCUUGGCUGCUGGGCCUUUGGUAUAGUGUAAAGACAUUUCCAUGGCUGAAGAGAUCUUCAUUAUUUUGCAUACAUGACCAAACCAUCUGAAAUUAAACUUACAAUCAUAAUUGCAAUUAUAUUUUGAGAUUUAUAAUUACCUCCCUUUCAAAUACUCUUUUAAAGUAGAAGUAAGUAAUCGUAAUUUUUCACACCAAAUAAAUCCCUGUUGUGUCAUUCAUGUUUCUGUUCUUAUGAAAAACAUUUUUACAUUAAUGAGUAUAAUUUUACUGACGUCAGGUAGAGAAAAAUAGACGACAUUCUAUAUGAGCUGCCUCUGAUAGAAACCAACCUUAUGCAUAAGAAUUUCUUUACAUGUGUUAAAGUGGUACCCAACACUUUCACUAAAAUUAAUUUGGCUCGGUUAAUUUUAAUAAAAUUUAAACAAAGUACAAAUGUAUUUACUUUGACCCUUAGACAAAAAUAAAAACAAUUCAAAAAAUUUUAACCAACCAUUUUGUCAGAAAAAAUACACUGGUUAUAUAGCAGUUUGACAUACACUUAUUUUGAUCAUUAAUAAUA